CAAAUGUUACUACUAAUUAACGCUUAGUUUGUUGUAAAAGACACAUAUUUACAUUAAUUACUACAAAACCUAGUUAUACCUUUGAACGCUUCAACACCCUCACAAUCUCACAUCUCUCUCACAGCCUCCAUUCCUUUUCUGAAUCCACAAGAGAUCAAUUUUUUGCCCUAAAUCUCUCGUUCAGAAUCGGAAUCAUCAUCACAUAUCAUUUCACGAAAUCUUCCGUCGCACGCAACAAAUCAAGGUUUGGAGGUGAGAUUUGGCUAAUGCAUGAGAAAACCACAAAGGAGAGGAGCGAUGGCGAUGGAGAAGUCGAGCUCAAAGUACAGAACACAGUUUUGGUACGUGGCAAUGGUCUCUUUCCUCCUCUGGCUUGUCUUGCUUUACCUCUUCAGUUCCUCCGCAACAACCGUUCAUACCCACGAGAGAUUUUUCCGACAAGAAAACGUCAUCAAUCUCCCCAUCAACGUCCCAAAACGCUACCAAGAAUCUGAUCAGGCUGCUCUCCCGGUCGACGACGUCCCACAACACGACCAAGAAUCUGAUCAGGCUGUUGUCGUCUCUGACGUAGACAACAACAACACUCUUCCUGUUAACAACACAGGGAAUGAUACCUCUCAGGAGGUUCAGAUUUCGGAAGAUGCCAAGGUUGUGACUGAUCUCGUCGAGGAACUCGAGAAAGAAAAGAUCGAGAACGAGAAGAAGAGUGCUGACUCAGGUUUGAGUGGUCGGACCACGAGGUCUAGGAGUGGACAUCGCGAACCAAGAAAGGCUAGACCUUCGAGUAGAUUGGAAGCCGAGAAGAAAAGGGUUCGCCAUAAUGAUGAGAAUGACGUGGAAUCCAAGAAAGAGCGAGUUGAUGAUAAUGACGAUACGGAGAGUAAGCAAGUGCCUGACGAUUUGUCCAAUAAUGAUCUAGAAAGUGAUAACACUUCGGAAACAAUAUCCAAACCGAAGAUUCAGAGAGAUCUCGCAUCGAAUAAGACUGUUUCCAAGGCCAAGAACAGAGUAACCUCCCGGAGAAACCGACCCAAACCUAUGGUACGGCCAAGAGCAACGCGACGUAACGAUCCAUGUCGAGGAAAAUACGUUUACAUGCACGACGUUCCAUCUCUGUUCAACGAGGAGCUUCUCAAGAACUGCUGGACGCUGAGUAGGUGGACGGAUAUGUGCGAGUUGACAUCGAACUUCGGAUUAGGCCCUCGUCUGCCAAACAUGGAGGGAGUUUCUGGUUGGUUCGCCACAAACCAAUUCACACUAGAGGUGAUAUUCCACAACAGGAUGAAGCAGUACAAGUGCUUGACCAAAGACUCGUCUCUGGCUUCAGCGGUGUACGUUCCUUACUAUCCAGGUUUAGACUUGAUGCGGUUCCUGUGGGGACCGUUCCCUUUCAUGAGAGACGCUGCGGCUCUUGAUCUGAUGAAGUGGCUUAGGGAGAGACCAGAGUGGAAGAGAAUGGACGGUCGAGAUCAUUUCAUGGUGGCUGGUCGCACCACUUGGGACUUUAUGCGUACACCAGAGAAUGAAUCUGAUUGGGGCAACAGGUUAAUGAUCUUACCAGAAAUAAGAAACAUGACGAUGUUACUAAUCGAGUCAAGCCCAUGGAACUACCACGGAUUCGCGGUACCUUACCCGACCUACUUCCACCCUUCAACCAACGCAGAGAUCCUCCAGUGGCAGAUGAGAAUGAGAAGAAUCAAACGUCGUUACCUAUUCUCCUUCGUCGGUGCACCGCGUCCAAACCUAGGCGACAGCAUAAGAACCGAGAUCAUGGACCAGUGCAAAGCAUCCAGAAGAAAAUGCAAGCUUCUCGAAUGCGUUUCGGGUUCUCAAAAAUGCUACAAACCCGACCAGAUCAUGAAGUUCUUCUUGAGCUCAACGUUCUGUCUCCAACCACCUGGCGACUCCUACACUCGACGGUCCACUUUCGACUCGAUAUUAGCCGGUUGUAUACCGGUUUUCUUCCAUCCGGGGUCGGCUUACGCGCAGUACGUUUGGCAUUUACCGAAAGAUAUCGGUAAAUACUCUGUUUUUAUACCGGAGAAGAGUGUUAAAGAAGGUAAAGCGAGUAUAGAGAAGGUUUUGAGUAGGAUUCCGAGGGGGAAAGUUGUGGCGAUGAGAGAAGAAGUGGUGAGGUUGAUACCGAGGUUGAUGUAUUUUAACCCGUCGGGUAAGAGAGGAGACGCGGGGAGGUUUGAAGAUGCGUUUGAUGUGGCUGUUGAUGGGGUGUUGCAGAGAGUUGAAGGGUUGAGGAAGAGGAUUGAGGAAGGGAACGAAGAGAUUUUCGAGUUUCCGGAGCAGUUUUCUUGGAAGUAUAAUGUGUUUGGGAAUGUUGAGAAGCAUGAGUGGGAUUCUUACUUUGAUAGGCAUUGAUUGAUUCAUUUUGAUAUUAGACUGUGUUUCCAUGUGUGUGUGUGUUUUGUUUUCUUCAAGUUCUUGGGAGAGAAAUGAAUGUAGUUGUUGUGAUUGUGAUGGUGGAAAGAUAUCGCGAGGCCGUAGUUUUGUAGUUGGUUUUGUUUGAU